AUGGCAGCAAAUCCUUCAGGACAAGGUUUUCAAAACAAAAAUAGAGUUGCAAUCUUGGCAGAGCUGGACAUGAAAAGAAAAUGACUCAUGCAAAACCAAUCUUCAACAACUCAUCCUGGAGCUAGCAUUGCCCUCUCCAGACCCUCUCUCAACAAGGACUUCCGGGACCGCGCUGAGCAGCGGCACAUUGCAGCCCAACGGAAGGCGGCUUUGCAGCAUGCGCAUGCCCGUUCAUCUGGAUACUUCAUAACGCAAGACUCUGCAUUCGGGAAUCUUAUUCUUCCUGUGCUACCGCUCCUUGACCCAGAAUGA